UUAAAAAAAAAAAACAGAGAGAAAAAGAGAAAAUCAAAUGAAAAAAGAAAAAAAAAAGAAAAAAAACCUCUAAAAAAGAAAUCGUUUUGGCUAAUGUGCGCAGAUGAAUGUCAAAGUUUUCUCUGACAUACCCAAUGACCACCUACCUGCUACAAGGGCGCAUUUUAGCCUAACCUCCAAAACCUUUUAAAGAAUCAAAGAGAGAAAAAAGAAAGAAAGAUAGUAUUAUUUAUCUUCUUUGUUGUGGCUCUGUGAUUCCAUUAUUGAUAAUUGUUUUUGCUUUUUUUUUUGGCUUAUUAAAAAAAAAAGCUUUAUUUUUUUAAUGUUUCCUUAUUACCAUUUAUCAGUAUCUGCUAGUACUGGCUUUUGUUCCUGUGAAGCUUCAGCUGCUUAACUUCUCUGUCUGUUUCUUUUCUUGUCCGUACCGUUCAAAACCCAUUUCACGGAUCACUUUUCUUUCCAUAUGUUUUUUUGCUCUUGUUAAACUUUUUUUUUUUUGGUUAAAUAAAAAAGAAAAAAACAAGAAGUUGAAACUGGGUUUUCGGUGCUGAAGAGAAAAAGGUUUGGUUUUUAGCUUCAGAUCUGAAAAAAAGCUAAGGUUCUUUUGAGGCAAUGGAGGCAAACCCAAAUGUAUCUUGGUUUCUUGGUCUCUAUAUUUACUUGAGUUGAGAAAAAAAAAAAAAAAAACCACUUCCUAUUUUUGUUCACUCUUUUCUCUUCUUUUCUUUACCUUCUCUUUUUAGCUUUUUAGGCCUUCUUUCCAUUUGACCUCUGUUUCUGGUAUUUUCUCUGUGUCUUGGUCUUCAAAACCCACGAAACGAACUUGGUUUUCUUCAAUUUUUUCUAAAGAAACUGGGAGAGAGGAAUAGAGAGAUCUGUAGAAAAUGCUGGCUAUUGGGAGUCCUGCUAUCAGUGUCCGAACAAGCACUGGUUGCAAUGCUUUACUCAAAGAGCUUCAGCAAAUAUGGAAUGACAUUGGUGAGACUGAAGCGGACCAAGACCGUAUGUUAAUGGAAUUGGAGAGAGAAUGCUUAGAAGUUUACAGGCGAAAAGUUGAUGAAGCUGCCAACGCCAAGGCACGCCUCCAUCAGUCUGUUGCAGCCAAGGAAGCUGAGCUUGCAACUCUCGUGGCUUCUCUUGGGGAACUCAAUAUCCACUCACCGAUUCAGACAGAGAAGAGGUCAACAUCAUUGAAAGAAAAACUUGCAUCUGUGGCACCACUUGUGGAUGAUCUAAAGAUGAAGAAAGAUGAAAGAAUGAAGCAAUUUGCUGAUAUAAAAACACAAAUUGAUAAGAUCAGUGGGGAAAUUUCUGGAUAUAGUUAUUUAAAUGGUGUAGUGAUCACUUCUUUGUCUCUGGAUGACCAAGAUUUAUCUCUAAGAAAGCUGACUGAAUUUCAAACUCAUCUUCGCUCUCUUCAAAAGGAGAAGUCUGACCGCCUUCAUAAGGUUUUGGAAUAUGUGAAUGAGGUCCAUUCUCUCUGUGGAGUGCUUGGUUUGGAUUUUGGUCAGACUGUAAGUGAUGUGCAUCCAAGCUUGCAAGAGACGAGCAUAGAACAAUCAACAAACAUCAGCAAUAGCACAUUGGAAGGCCUGGAACAGACUAUUCUCAAGUUAAAGACAGAAAGAAAAGUUCGAAUCCAAAAGUUGAAAGAUAUUGCGGCAUCACUCUUUGAACUUUGGAAUUUGAUGGACUCAUCAAAAGAAGAGAAGAUAAACUUUUCAACAUUUUCUUCUAUCCUUGGAACUUCUGAACCAGAAAUUAUUGAACCUGGUUUUCUUUCUACAGAAAUUAUUGAACAGGCAUCUGCCGAAGUUGAGAGGCUCACUAAAUUGAAGGCAAGUAGAAUGAAGGAACUUGUUAUGAAAAGAAGGUCAGAAUUGGAGGAACUAUGCAGAAUUACCCAUAUUGAACCUGAUACAAGCACGUCAGCUGAGAAAUCAAAUGCAAUGAUAGACUCUGGUCUAGUAGAUCCAUCGGAACUCCUGGCUAACAUCGAAGCACAGAUAGCAAAAGCUAAAGAAGAGGCAGCAAGCAGGAAAGAAAUAAUGGACAGGAUAGACAGGUGGCUUUUUGCCUGUGAAGAGGAAAAUUGGCUUGAAGAAUAUAACCAAGAUGAGAACCGAUACAAUGCUGGAAGAGGUGCUCAUAUUAACCUUAAACGUGCAGAACGAGCUAGAGUGACUGUAAACAAAAUUCCAGCUAUUGUUGACAACUUGAUAAACAGAACUCUGGCCUGGGAAGAUGAAAAGAAAACGUUAUUUCUUUAUGAUGGAGUAAGAUUGGUGUCGAUACUAGAAGAUUACAAAAUCAGCAGACGACAGAAAGAAGAGGAGAAGAAGAGAUUUAGGGACCAAAAGAAGCUCCAAGAUCUGCUUCUCACAGAGAAGGAAGCCAUAUAUGGUUCUAAACCAAGCCCUAGAAAAAGUAACAGCUUCAGGAAGGUGAAUGGAUAUCGAGCAAAUGGAAAUGGAUCCAUGACUCCUACACCUCGUCGGAACUCAGUUGGUGGUGGAACUCCUGAGCUCUUGACACCCCGGUCCUACUCGGGGCGUCAAAAUGGAUAUUUCAAGGAAAUGAGAAGAUUGUCUACUGCACCAUUAAACUUUGUGGCGAUAUCUAAGGAAGAUACAAUGUCCUACGCAUCUGUUUGUGGUUCUGAGCUAGGGUCCCCUCCUCAUGGAUGAAGUUGAAAAAUUCAAAAUGGAACAGGUUACUGUUUACAAAGCUAGAGGAUAUAGUACACCCAUUUUAAGCAGCGGAAGGCUUGUGAAUACGAAACAAAUUGUACACUUGUAUGAUUGUAAUUUGUUAGGGGAUUACGUGGCGAAUGGUAACUAAUGAUAUGCGAACAUAAAUUUGGUUGUCGCUGCCACUGCUGAGGAUCAGAUUGUGGGAAAAAGACUCGCUGUCUCUGGCAGAUGUACUCUGGUAGAUUUAUAGUUUUUAACUUGUGAAAGUUUGGUCGUCCAUGUCAAUAUAGGGAAAGAUAGUAGUAGUAGCAAAAUUAGUAGUAUGGAAGUGUUAUAGGAGUGCUGACCACGUAUUUUAGUGGAUUUUGCUUGCGUUAUGGAUUCAUGUAUAUAUUUUGUAUACCAGAGUGAUGGCUAUCAUUUUAAUGUGGGGAUGUUUUUUGGAGUCUUUGGCAAUGCUUAUUUGGAAUUUCUUCA